AUGGAGACAAUAUUAGAGCAGCAACGUCGCUAUCAUGAAGAAAAGGAGAGGCUAAUGGAUGCUAAAACUAAAGAAGUAUUGCAUAAGAAAUCGACGUUGAGGGAUCAGAUUAACUCUGAUCAUAGGACAAGAGCCAUGUUGGAUAGGUAUAUGGAAGUGAGUGCCAAUCUCAGAGACUCUUAUGAAGAUAAAGAUGGAAUGAGAAGAGAUGAGCUGGCUGCCAUCUCGGGGCCCAAUGAAUUUGCAGAGUUCUACAAUAGACUCAAACAGAUCAAGGAGUUUCACAGGAAGCACCCAAAUGAAAUUUCCAUUCCAAUGUCUGCAGAGUUUGAAGAGCUGAUGAGAGCCAGAGACAACCCAAGUGACGAAGCUCAGAACCUUGUGGAAUUCACCGAUGAGGAAGGAUACGGCCGCUACCUUGACCUCCACGACUGCUACCUGAAGUACAUCAACUUGAAGGCAGCUGAGAAACUUGAGUAUAUCGCCUACCUUUCAUCAUUUGACCAACUGUUUGAUAUCCCCAAGGAUCGAAAGAAUGCAGAAUACAAAAAGUAUUUGGAGAUGCUGCUCGAGUACCUGCAGAACUACACAGACCGGGUGAAACCUCUGCUUGACCAGAAUGAUCUUUAUGAUAAAGUUCUAUCAGACUUUGAAAGAAAGUGGGAGAGUGGAACCUUUCCUGGUUGGCCUAAAGAGACAAGUAGUGCUUUGACGCAUGCUGGGGCUCACCUGGACCUUUCAGCUUUUUCAUCUUGGGAGGAGUUGGCCUCUUUAGGUCUGGACAGAUUAAAGUCUGCUCUUCUGGCAUUGGGACUUAAAUGUGGAGGCACUCUAGAAGAGAGAGCUCAGCGACUUUUCAGCACCAAAGGCAAAUCUCUGGAAUUGCUUGACCCUUCGCUGUUUGCCAAGAAUCCCAAAGUCAAAGGUCCUAAGAAAGACACAGAGCGAAACAAGGAAAUAGGUUUUCUGGAGGCACAACUCUAUGAAUAUGUUGAAAUCCUUGGCGAGCAGAGGCAGCUUACCCAUGAGAAUGUGCAGAGGAAGCAAGCCAGAACUGGUGAAGAACGUGAGGAAGAGGAGGAGGAGCAACUUAGUGAGAGUGAAAGCGAAGACGAAGACAAUGAGAUCAUCUACAACCCUAAAAACUUGCCCUUGGGCUGGGAUGGCAAGCCUAUUCCAUACUGGCUCUAUAAACUCCAUGGGCUGAAUAUCAAUUACAACUGUGAAAUCUGUGGAAACUACACCUACCGAGGACCCAAAGCCUUUCAACGACACUUUGCGGAAUGGAGGCAUGCCCAUGGUAUGCGCUGUCUUGGAAUCCCCAACACUGCCCACUUUGCUAACGUCACACAGAUUGAGGAUGCUGUCUCUUUGUGGGCCAAACUGAAGUCCCAAAAGGCCUUAGAGCGUUGGCAGCCUGACACAGAGGAAGAGUAUGAGGACUCCAGUGGAAAUGUAGUCAACAAGAAAACAUAUGAGGAUCUCAAGAGACAAGGAUUACUUUAG